AUGGAUACUAUUACUUGCGGUUUGGUUGAGAAGUUCCGAGACGUAGUGCUCGACCUAACUUGGGAGCAGCUUCUUUAUCUCAUUCACUAUCGCAGAAACAUUGAGCACUUCAAUGAACAACUUGAGAACCUCACCCUUAGAAGAUGCUCCAUACAACAUGAAAUAGAUGAGGCUAUAAACAAUGGAGAACAAAUUAAAGAGGAAGUUAGUCAUUGGUUGGUCAAAGUAGAUAAGAUAUCAGAGAAAGUACGAAAGCUCCAAGAAAAGAAUCAGGCAAAAACAGAGCGUAGCAUAACUUCAUGUCCCAAUCCUUGGCUACGCUAUAAACUAAGCAAAAAAGCAGAGGUGACUCGGCAAGAAGUUGUUAACAUUUAUGGGGAGGGAAAUUUUGGUAGAGUUUCAUAUCGUGUUCCUCCCAAGUCAAUGCCAGAAUUACCCAACACAGGCAGCAAUGAAGGGAUUGAUUCAAGAGUACCGAUUAUGAAUCAAAUUAUGGAGGCAUUACGGAGUCCAAGUGUUAAUACGAUCGGAUUGUGUGGGCUUCCUGGUGUUGGCAAGACCACCAUAGCUAGAGAGGUUGAAAAGAAGGUGAAGAAUCAAAAGAUGUUUGAAAAUGUGAUCAUGGCAAUUGUUUCCAAAGAAUUGAACGUUGAGAAGAUUCAAGGCCAGAUUGCUGAUAAGCUGGGUAUGCAACUCAGUGAAAGAGCUGAAGAUGUCAGAGCUUCUCGUUUGUGGAAGAGGUUGGCGAAAGAGAAGAAUAUGCUCCUAAUAUUGGAUGACCUUUGGGAGGAACUUGAUUUGCGCAAAGUUGGAAUUCCCUUAGUUGAUGUUGAAAAUUAUAGCAGAGAGAAUGAAGGUUGCAAAAUUUUACUAACUUCAAGGAAUAAAAGGCUGCUGUCAGAUGUCAUGAAAUGUCAAGAAAUUAUCGAAGUGGGUGUUUUGUCAGAGGAUGAAGCAAUGGAGUUGUUCAAGAGGAUUGCUCCACAUCCUACUGACUUGAGCAAUCCUGACUCGAUAUCUAUAACCUCUCAAAUAGUUCAAAAGUGCGGUGGCUUGCCACUAGCGCUUGCUACAGCUGCCAAGGCAUUGAGCAAUAAAGAGCUAAAUGUGUGGAAGGAUUACCUUGCACGAUGGACAAAUCACUUAAGAAGAAACAUCUCAGGAAUUGAAAAGGUGGAUGGCUCCUUGAAAUUGAACUAUGAUCUUCUAAGCCAAGAGAACAAAACUAUUUUCUUGCUUGCUGCCAUGUUAACCCAUGAUUCCUCAAUUGAAGACCUGCUCAUGUGCUCUGUGGGGUUAGAUAUUUUGAAAGGCGUAGAGAACAUGGAAGAAGCCUAUGUAGGAAUCUCUAAUAAUGUUAGAAAGCUAAAAUCAUUAAACUUAUUUCUGGAUAGCAUUUCUAGUCAUCAUGUUACAAUCCAUGACGUCUUUCGAGAUAUUGCAUUAUCGAUUGCAGACGGUGAAUUACAUGCAUUCAUUUUGAGGCAUAAAAGCUUGACAAAAUGGCCAGAUGAAGAUAAGCUAGAAGACCGCAAGGGAAUUUGCUUGCAAGAAAUUGACAUCAGUGUUAACCUUCCAGAAGAGUUGCAUGCUCCAACAUUAGAAUUCUUUCUACUGCACAGCACAAAACAACAUGACUUGAUUAUACCCAGCAUGUUUUUCAAAUCUUCAAAGAAGCUAAAACUGUUGGCAUUUACUGAUGUGCGUUUUGAAUCACUACCAUCACUCAGUUUCCUACUAAAACUAAAAACAUUGUGUCUGCACUCUUGUUGGCUACGAGAUAUAACUGAAGUCACAACGUUGAAGAAUUUAGAAGUGUUAAGUCUUGCUUACUCUGAAAUUCAACAGUUGCCAAUUCAAUUAAAAGAGUUGACUUCUUUACAAAUGUUGAAUUUGUCCCACUGCUUUGAACUCAAAGUGAUUCCACCAAAUGUCCUAUCUAGCUUGACAAAAUUGGAGGUUUUGUUAAUGGAAAGCAGCUUUGACAAGUGGAAAGUUGAAGGAUCUAGUGAAGCUGAUGAAAAUGCAAGUCUUGACGAAUUGAAGGACUUGCCAAUCUCUUCUCUUGAUAUUCGUAUUCCUAAUGUCUCUAUGUGUCCGGAGAACUUGUUCUUAGCUAUGAAUAUGCAGAGAUACAGAAUACUUAUUGGAAACAAAUGGAACUGGUGGGAAUGCAAUCAUAACAGUUCAAAGAUAUUGAAACUUGAGCUUGAGAGGUUAUGA